CAAUUCACAAUUGCACACCACACCACAAAGUCACAAACCAAGCCAAUCCCUACCAUAACCAUUCAUUCACCCAACAAACUCACUCUCAUAACCUCUUCCCUACCUACCUUUUCACACUACACAACACAAAAACCUAACACUAACACAUUACACUUCCGUUUUCUUAGUGCCACCUAGCUCCUCCUCCUUCUUCAAUGGCCGCAUCUCUCACCUUCUCCAGGCUCCUCACCUCUCCCACCACUACCCACUCUCUCACCUCCGCCGCCCUCUUUCCACCCAAAUCCCUCUCUUCUAAACUCCCCCUUUCCCCUUUCUCCCUAAAAUUCAACCACUCCAAACCCUUCAAACCCUGCACCUUCCGCACCCCAUCCUACGCCACCAAAUCCACCACAAUCUCUGCCACUAUUGCCGUCGGCGACAAGCUCCCGGAAGCGACCUUCUCCUACCUAGACGACGCCGGCGAGGUUCAAACCACCACCAUUUCCGACCUAACGAAGGGCAAAAAGGCCAUCCUCUUCGCCGUCCCGGGAGCCUUCACACCAACCUGCUCGCAGAAGCACGUUCCGGGAUUCGUGGAGAAGUCAGCGGAGCUGAAGGCCAAAGGCGUGGACACAAUCGCGUGUAUCUCGGUCAACGACGCAUUCGUGAUGAAGGCGUGGAAGAAGGACCUGAAAGUCAACGACGAGGUUUUGUUACUUUCUGACGGUAACGGAACGUUCACGAAGGCCAUUGGGUCCGAGUUGGAUCUGAGCGAUAAGCCCGUUGGGCUUGGUGUUAGGUCAAGGAGGUACGCGCUCUUGGCGGAAGACGGUGUCGUUAAGGUCUUCAAUUUGGAAGAAGGUGGUGCCUUCACUUUCAGUGGCGCUGAUGAUUUGCUCAAAUUGCUUUGAAUUUGUCUUCUUUUUCUGGAAUUUUCGACAUAACCGAGGUAUUCCGCUGUUUACGAGUUUUUUUUUUCUUUUCUUUUCACGAUGUGAGUUCUUCCUGUAUCUUAGGAUGAAGGCUUUUCGAUAAUAAUAAUGUGAAUUGAAACCCUA